AGGAGGUUUUAAAGCACACAAAUGCUUUUGAGUUUCACGCUUCUGCUAGAGAAGAUUUGCACUCACAGAUGGAGUACAGAAACAACAAUUGUUCCAUGGGAUCAAACUCUAGUGAGUAUACGAGACAGAUCAGCACUAUUGAACGUGUGAGUAAGCUCUCCCUCAUUUUCAAGAACGUCAAAUUAUCCACCUUCUAGACUCAAGCUAUCCACCGUCUAGACUCAAGCUAUCCACUGUCUAGACUCGAGCUAUCCACCGUCUAGCUAGACUGAAGCUAUCCACCGCCUAGACUUAAGCUAUCCACCGUCUAGCUAGACUCAAGCUAUCCACUGUCUAGGCUCAAGCUAUUCACCCUAUAGACUCAAGCCAUCCACCGUAUAGACUCAAACUAUCCACCCUAUAGACUCAAUCUAUCCAACUUCAUGGUUUAGCUAUCCACCUUCUAGGCUCAAGGUGUCCACCGUCUAGACUCAAGCUGUCCACGGUCUAGACUCAAGCUAUCCACCCUAAAGACUCAAGCUAUCCUCCAUUUAGACCCAAGCUAUCUACCUUCUAGGUUCAAGUUUUCCACCUGCUAGACUCUAGCUAUCCCUCAUGUUAAAGAACGUUCAAAUAUACAUCUUUUAGGCUCGAGCUAUCUUCCUUAUAGACUCGAAAUAUCCACCUUUUAGACUCAGCUUUCCUCAUUCUAGACUCGAGUUUUCACUCAUACUCUAUAUCUUCAAGCAAUCUACAUUCUAGACUCGAGCUAUCUACCCUCUAUCUCUAGUUAUCUAGCUACCAUGUUCAGGGGUGGGGAUAACAGAAAUAUUUAAAAAUUUGAGGAAUUUUGUUGGUGGUUUUUUUUAAAGAAAUUCUAUGCUACUUUAAUAAUGUUGGGUUUCUAAUCUGGUUAAUUGUAGUAGUAUCAUUUCAUAUUUCAUGUUUUAAUAUAUUUAACUCUCGUCAUGUUAAAUAUUUUCUUGUACAUAAAAUUGUAUUCUAAUCUAUAAAGUCAAAAUGAAUUACCAUAUCCUGCAGCACAUUCUUUUUGAAAUAGCAAAAGCCCAUGAUUUUAAUUGAGUCUUAUUUUAAAAUCUGAAACUAAAUUUCUUUUGCAUGAUAAUUAUUUACUAUUUAUAAACAACUACUAUCAGACUUAUUUAAUUAUAUUUCCAGCGGAUCAAAGGGAUUGUAUGCGUAUUUACUGUCGUCUUCGAUUCACAAAAGCGGUCAUUAAAUCUAUAUCUGGAUAUUUCAUUUUUCUUCUCAAUGUCUCAUAUUUUAGUUUUUAGGUAGAAAAGCGAUGAUAUCUUACUCAUUUUUAAUAAACCUAAGGUUAUUCGGGUACCGUUGUGAAUCGGACAUGCCUUUCAAAGGGUUGCUUGUAAAUACGCCGAUAGUACCUUUAAUUUAAUACUUCGUAUCCUCUGUACCAUGCUAAAUUUGUCAUUUCUAUUAAAGAGAUAUUGUUUUUCUGGUUCUACAGCUUUGGCAUUAAAAGUGUGAUGU